AUGAUUAUACAAAUGGGUCGAGAUCAUGGAAUUCCCGGUUACACUGCUUUUCGAAGUGCCUGUGGCUUACGACGUCCAUCUAAUUUUACUGAUUUGAAUGAUAUUAUUUUGCAAUCACUUGAUUUGGAUGAAUUGGUUAAAUUAUACGAUCACAUCGAUGAUGUCGAUUUAUUUGUACUUGGUAUGGCUGAGAGGCCAGAACUUGGCGCAUUAGUUGGACCAACAUUUUCAUGUAUUAUCGGUAAACAAUUCCAAAAGAUUCGUCGAGGUGAUCGUUUCUGGUAUGAAAAUUUCUUUGCACCAUCAGCAUUUACAUUGGAACAAUUGGAAGAAAUUCGAAAAACAACAUUAGCUCGAAUAAUAUGUGACAAUUCUGAUAACAUUCAACAAAUCCAACCAAAUGUUUUCACACUUGCUGAUAUUUAUGGGUAA